AUGUCUGAUUUCGGCGACUUUAGCUCCUCCUCCAACGAUCCCACUGCUGAUUUCCUUGCUCGCGAAAGAGCUGUGCUGGGUGGAGACGCUGAUAUCUUUACAACACUCGAUGAUACUACUUCCCCUACCUCUUUCACAGCCACACCUGACCUCGGUCGCUCCAGCGCCUUGAGUCAGUAUGGUGCCAUGUCGCCUAGCAGUGCUGUUUCCACACCUGCAAAUGACUAUUCGGUGUUUGAGUCUAGCUACCCAAAGGCCGAGAAUUUAGAGACUUCCAAGGCUUUUCAUAAAGCCAUGCUACCUGAAGAAGAGCCUGAUGUAGUGAGACAAUGGCGCGAAAAGCAAAAGCAAGUGAUUGCAAAGCGAGAUGAAGAGGAGAGCAUCAAGAAACAAGAAGUGCUGAACAAGGCAAGAGAGGAUAUUGAUAGAUUCUACGAAGAUUACAACGAUAAGAAGCAAAAGGCCAUUGAGGAAAACAGAGAGCGUGAAGACAAGAUGCUAAAGAGCCGUGAAGAGUCAUCUGCCUCGACCAACAUCUGGAAUAGUGUUUCCCGAGAAUUCGACAUCUCGAACGCCAAAGCAGCUUAUCCUACCAGAGAUGUUUCUAGAAUGAAGGGCAUUAUUUUGGACCUUCGAAAAGAUCAAAAUGCUCCCGGCACCAUUAUUUCUUGA